AUGACUGCGCCUGGAGCGGGAGGAGGAGGAGGGCGGGGGUGGAAGGCUUACGAGUCGAUUGCUGCGUCUGCCGCUGCCUUUCGACACGGACGAGGAGGUAGAGCAGACGUGAUCUACUCGGACGGGGAGUCGAGCGACGAGGACGAGGAAGACGACGGCCCGCUUCCAGGGGCUUUCGUCUCGCAGCCUGGAGAGGCGCAGAGGGAGUAUGCGAUGGACGAGCCGCUUGUUGGUGCGGAUGAAGCGCAAAGGAGGAAGGAGACGCUGUAUGUGUAUCCUGUCCCUGCGGGAGAGGGCGAAGAGGCGGAUCCAGCGCGGUAUCGCGACUCGGGAUGGAUCGUCGCGUACGGAUUGUGCGUGCUCGCCGUCGUCGCACUCGCAAUCAUGACAUGGACAUCUUCGCCACUCCCAAAGUCUUCGACAUCCCCCGCCAUCCGCGCCUCGACUUCCCUCCUCUCGACCGCCCUCCCCUCGCUCUCCCUCCUGACCCUAAUCUCCCUCUUCGCCGGCCUCGCAACUCUCGCCUACCUCCUCCUCCUCUCCCACUCCCUCCGAACGCUCUUGACUCUCUCAAUCCUCGGCGCUCCAUUCGUCUUUUCCGCGACGGGUAUCAUCGCUUUCGCUGGGUCGUUUGGGACGAGCGGGGUCGAGGCGGAUCGGGGUUGGAAGAUGGGCAUGAGGGUAUUUAGUGUUGCGUGUUUCGUGCUGGCGUUCAUGGUGGGAGGGGAGGCGGUCAAGCGGAGGAAGGAGAUGGAUCGUGCCAUCAACGUGGGAGAGCUCGCAUGCCAAACCGUCCUCUCCCAUCCGCCCCUCGUCGUCCUCGCCCUCGCCCUCUCGCUCACCUCCCUCGCCGUCACAAUUCCCUUCCUCACCCUCAUCGCCUCUCUCCUCUCCCUCUCUCCAACGCAUCCCCACCUCGCCUCGUACGGCACAGCGUUCACUCUCCUCGUCUACCUCUGGAGCCUGGCGAUUCUGAGGGGCGUCUCGCAUGCGACGGUCGGGGGAGUCGUGGGGUGGUGGUAUUUCGAGCGAGAGGAGGACGAAGGAGGACAGGCGGUGGUGCUGGGCCCGACGGAGGUGACGAGGGCGGCUGUCGCCCGCGCGACGGGACCCUCGCUCGGCACCGUUAUCGCCUUCUCCUUCUUCCUCUCCCUUUUCACAACCAUCUCGACCUCCCUCUCUACCCUCUCCCGCCUGCUCCGCUCGAGUCGCAUCCCGACACCGCUACGACCCAUCACAGCCCUCCUCGCCGGUCUCUUCACCUCCAUCGCUGCCUCGACCGCCUUCUUCAAUUCGUACGCCUUGAGUUACGCCGGCAUGACCGGCCAAUCCUGGUCGCGCUCAACGCGGGAAAUCGCGUCUCUGAUCCGCUCGAACCGCGCACGCAACAUCCGCGACACGGCUCUCCUCCGCCUCACCCUCUUCACAACCACAACCACCUAUUCCCUCCUCGCCGGCUUGCUCUCCUUCCUCCUUACCUCCUCCUCUCUCGCUCCAGCCUCAGGAGGCUACGCCCCGACACUCGCCAUCCUCUCGUACAUCAUCCCAGCUUACACCAUCAAGCUCUGCCACGACUUGGUGGGCGACUGCGUCGACGCGUUGUGGGUUUGUGUGAGCCUUGAGGCGAGCGAGGGAGAGGGUGCGGCGGUGGUUGGUGGGUUUAGUAGGUGUCCUAAGGCAGUCGAGGCGUUCGGCACGCCCGAGUCGGAAACCUUCAGCGCAACCGCCUUCGUCUGA